CAAACUCCAAAACCCAAAAAGAGAAAAAGAGGCAAAAAUGAGAAACAGAGGAAUCACGAAACAGGGGAAGCCCAGGCAGGCAAAUUCACAAGGAACACAAAUGCCAAAAGGGGAAAUCUUUACAUCUUCAACAAGCCCAUGAGAGACACAACCACAGAGACGGCAACGAAAGCGCCGGAGACUGGGAGGGAGAAGCCAGCGCCGGUGACCAGCGACGGCGAGGGAGCAGGGGCCAUUUCCUGGGCGGAGACAAGGGCGGCCAUAGAUGCGACCAGCAGGACCAUGGAGAGGGCAGCUGCCUUUGAGAAGCUUACUUGGGCCAUUGUUGCUAGCUUAGAGAAGAGAAAUGAAGAAAGGAAAUUUGAGAGUUUUUGGGCUGGAGGAGAUUCUGAGAGAAGAGAAGUGAUGGUUGAGCUU